CCAGCUGUUGUAGCACAUGCUAACAUGUGACUUGUUGCUUUGUGUCGUCUCCCAGCAUGCAGAUGGACGCCCCAUCAACCAGCCAAGAUCUCAAACAAGGUUCUUUGACGACUCUUACUUCCACCAAACGGAACCUUCAAUCAAAUGUUAACAGGCAAAUUCAGGAUUUCAACAUCUCAACUCACAUAGAGGAUCAACAGAGGGUCCAGACUCAAUAUCAGCCCAUUCAAACAAACAACCAGAGCGUGGUUGUCGUCUCUGGCGAUCAGAUAUUACACCAGAAUAACUCUCCUAUCUCGCAAUUCUCCGGUAUAAUACCCUUCGAUGGGAGUGGUGCUAGGGUCGUGAACAUUGUCUCCAAUGACUCUAUGCCCAUGCUGCUCGGCAAUAUUAACCAGCCAAACCGCGCUUUAGCUCAAACUAUUGCAGCACCAAUGCAAGCGGGACAAAUCCUAAACCUAGGAACAGCAAAUCACGGUGUUGGAGGCCAGAUUCUAAACUUACCGAACGGCCCGACGGGAGGAGGUCAGUUCUACGUCAUGAUACCUCAGUCACCAGUUGAUGUGAAUCAUCAGAAGAUAGCUCCACGUGCACAUGGUGCCGCGCUAGUACCGGUAAUGCCCUUGUUUCACAUUCCACAAAUUCCUACCCCACCACGCCAUACCACCCCACCUCGCCACACCCCGCCCAACAAACUGACGGAGAAGUUUACACGUUUAGCCAGAAAACACUUAAAAUUGGCGGGAAAUUCACAGGAGAACACUCCUCCUGCGAGAAAGAGAAAUAUUUCACUCGACUCUCACAACGACAUAUCACCUGAUUCAUUAUCACGGGACACGCCCCUCGCUGCUCAGAGAACAGAAAGGGAGGAGAAACGGAGACAAACCCACAACGAAGUGGAAAGAAGACGACGAGAUAAGAUCAACAGCUGGAUCCACAAAUUAGCUAAGAUGGUACCUAACUGUAAGGACGAGCUGGGUACCAAGCACGGUGGACAAAUGAGGGAGCAGGUCACAUUGAAGGUACUUUCUCUUUCGAGUAAAGGUGGAAUUCUGCAGAAAACGGUGAACUUCAUCCAAGAGCUGCAGAUAGCCCACUCGCAGGUCGUAGAAAGAUUACAGGAACAAAAUCAGGUACUUGGAGAAAUGGCCAAGGUCAGAGAGAAUUUGAAACGCGUUGAGCAGGAAAACUUGCUUCUAAGGAGUCAGCUACAGAGUCACGGCUUCGAACCAAUCGACUAUGCGAGCCAAUCAAUGCAACAGAGCAGACAAGACCCGGACACACUGAAAUCCUGCUCGGAAAUGAACCAGCCUCCAAUGGUCACCCUCUCUCAGACCUCAACGCAACAAUCAGUCCUCUAUGGUCAGAGUUCAACAAUGGACGACAAGGAUGACGAACAAUAAGCCUUCCGAUAAUUUAUUCAAAACUUUCUUAUUUUCUACGGUUCAGAGGUUGCGACGUGCAGAUCACGCCAGUUAAGAUCGCACCAUUGGUCGCACGUGCGAUGCGACUGUAUUCGAUGUCAAAGAAACAAAAGUUACACGAAGUAAUAAGAUUUUAAGAAGUAAUGACUGUUAAAAAGGAUGAGUGUAGACCAGUUCUACUAAAAGGAAUAGUCUGCAAUAGUGAUUUUUGCUAUUAUCUAAUAUGUGAACAGAUUUAUUCGGCAGUUUUAUGCUGGUAAAGCAGUCACGCGAAACCUGGAAAAAAGUUGUGGUAUGUGUCAUGUUUUUAUGUUUUUGCUGAGGUUGGAAAUGUUAUUUCGAUUUCAUCAUGUAAUUGGAGUUGCCUGUCUAAAAA